AUGUCAUCCUCAUCCCAAAAUGCCGACAAGAUCAAAGAAGCCCACUCAACCCUAUACGACGCAGGUCUAGAAAUGCGCAACAAAGUAGCCGGCAAAGAAUACGUCGACACCGCCCUCUCAAACGCAACUUCCGAUUUCGCAAGACCAAUGCAAGAACUGGCAACAGAAGCAGCAUGGGGUAGCAUCUGGACACGCCCAGGUCUGGAUCUGAAAACUAGAAGUUUGUUGAAUAUAGCCAUGCUCUGCGCACUCAACCGCGGGCCAGAAUUGGCAGUACACACAAGAGGAGCGCUGAACAAUGGAGCUUCAGAAGUAGAAAUCAGGGAGGUUAUAUUACAGGCUGCAGUAUAUGCCGGUAUGCCUGCUGGAAUGGAAGGGACAAAGAUUGCGGAAAAGACCAUCAAGGAGUGGAAGCAGAAGAAUGGUAAAUAG